UCUUUCUGGGCGAAAAGCUAUCUAUCAUUGGAUGCUCAACCAAGUCCAUCCACAUUUCCACAUUUUCAUGGCCAUUACAGCCACCAUAAGCUUAAGCUCCUCUUCCCCAACAGUGUUCUCAGCCAUUCCAUCACUGAACAUUCAACACCCACCACCCUCUUCUUCUCCUUUAGCCUCUUCUUUUGGUAAAUUUGGUGUAAAGUUAGUCUCCAAUGAAGCUGAUCUUACCACUGCAUCAGCAACUCAAGCAUUAGCAUUGGCGGGCGCUGCAGUUCAGGCGGCGAGAGAGGCUGUGGAAUUGGUUUCUGGGUGUGGAAAUGAGAUGGGAAAAUAUGGGAGUGUUGAGUUAAUAGCGAGGAGGAAGAAGAGAAGGAAAAGAAGAAAAGGGUUUGAUUGUUUGAAGGUGGAGGAUAAGGAUGGUCAAUGUGAUGGAGGUUUACUUCAGCCUUCGAAUUUUGGGUAUUUAAGCCCAAUCGAGGAAGAAGAGUUCUGUCUGUGUCACCAGGACCUAGCAAGAUUAGAAGCGGCAAUAAGGAGAAUAGCUGAAACUCAAGAACACGAGCCAACUUUGGAGCAAUUGGCUAAGGACUUACAGAUGAAGAAGAGCAGUGUAGAUAAGAUAGUGUAUAAAGGAAGAAAAUCGCGAGAGAGGAUUACUCACAGCUACCGGAGACUUGUUAUCUCUAUUGCUAAUAGUUACAGAGGCAAAGGAUUAAGCCUUCAAGACCUUAUUCAGGAAGGAAGCAUUGGGCUUCUUCGAGGUGCAGAACGAUUUGAUCCAAGGAGAGGCAACAAGCUAUCUACGUAUGCUUACUGGUGGAUCAGAGAAGCUAUCAUUGCAUCCAUAACUAACAAGUCUAGAUUAGUUAGAAUACCAGGAAGCAUGCGGAAUAAGAUGACAAAAAUUGCAGAAACUAAAGCUGUAUUGGGAAAAAAGUUGGGGAGGUUGCCAUCUUACGAUGAGAUUGCUGAAGUGCUGAAUGUUCAUGUUUCAACAGUGAGGUUUGGUUAUGAGAGGAGCAGGUCCCCUAUUUCAUUGAAUCGAGCAGUAACUGAUCAAGGCAGCAUGACACUCCAGGAGAUCAUACCAGGGCCAGAAGAAAUGAUGCCGGAGAACAUGGUAAAAAGGCAGCUAAUGAAACAAGAGUUGGAGAAGCUUCUUCAAACACUUAGUGAAAGAGAAGCACUUGUUUUGAGAUUGAUCUAUGGAUUGAAUGGACAGACACCUCAAUCCUAUGAGGAGAUAGGAAGAUCAUUGAAGCUAUGCAGGGAAAGGAUCAGACAGAUAAAUAGCAUUGCAUUGACAAAGUUAAGACAGAGAAGCAUUUCGGACAAUUUGCAUAUAUACAUUGUAUAAAAUACCCUGUUCUUGAACUUGAUAAAUAUAAUUGAAAAUAUGUUCCACAAAGAUGGGGUAAGAAAAAGGGGACAAGAGGUUUUCU